UUUUGAUCGACACUUCCUUUUCUCGUUUCGCUGUCAUUAUUAUCGACACGUUUUUCACACAAACGAUACAAAAUGUCGUUAGUGAUUCCCGAGAAGUUUAACCACAUCUUGCGUGUCAUGAACACCAACAUCGAUGGCAAACGCAAAGUGAUGUUUGCGUUGACCGCCAUUAAGGGAAUCGGUCGCAGGUUUUCCAACAUUGUCUGCAAGAAGGCUGACGUCGACCUCAAUAAGAGGGCCGGAGAGCUGUCCGAAGAGGAGGUACUUCUCCGAGUGAGAGGACAGCACACGAAGACUACUGGCCGUAGGGGUCGUACUGUCGGUGUAUCUAAGAAGAAGGGUUAA